GGUAAUCCUCGCAAAGCAAACUAAGAUCAAUUCGAGUUGGCGUGUGGUAAUCUGUAGUUACAGAGUAUUACUGUGGUAUGAUAGUUAGGUCGUCCCUGGAAGCUGGUUGGUGAUCUAUUCUUAGCCUUAAGCGCCGAUACAAGCGUUUGUCUUUCUUGUCUGCAGGCGUGGUUAAGCGCUGUCCUCCCGUCCCCUCCCCAAACUCGCUUGAAAGGAAGAACGAACUCCCAUCCAUCCCAUGCUCCCCAUCUUACCUUUUCCGCCUGUCCUCACUCGAGAAACACACGUUUACGGCGGACGGCUUCUCCAAGCUACUUUCAAGUUCACAGAAUACGUGACAACGACGAAAUCUUUGGGCGAUUAUUAUGCAGCGUCCUCCGCUUCGUUGAAUCGUUGGCGGGAAUGUCUGGCAUUAGUGGUUGGUUUCGGCAAACUCAGAAGUUCAUGUGGGUCAAUCAGCCAAACCCCCAAGCCAGCGGCAUUAAACCCACAGACCAGAUUUCCUCUGGAUGAUUGUGACAUCUCCAAAGUCUCGGAUGAAACUCUCAUCGGUCUUUUUGACACUGCGCCAGUCCUCCACUCCUUUUAGGGAACCCACAUCGUCCGCCUGUCUCGGACACUCAUUCUUAAAGGCGGUGUCAAUGCACGACCAUGUGAAGCCAGCAUUCUGAAGCUUGUUGGCGAAAAAAUCCUCAAUUCCGGUCCCCAAGGUUCAUCGAAUCCUCAACAUUGAGACUGAAAAUGUUUAUUUCGGUUGCAAAUGCUUGAUGUAAUGGAUUUCGUUGAAGGCAGAGUAGUUGAGGAUUUUUGGAACAGUCUGACUGAAACGGAACGUGUGGAGAUUGUCAACCAAACAGCCUCUAUACUCAAUACUCUGCAGUCCGCUCCGGUGCCCCAGGAUCCAGGACCAGUGGGCUGUAAAAUAUGCUUGGCCCAGGGUUUUUGGUUCAGUAGUAUGGGAGGCAGGCCCUUCAACUUGAAGAAGGACCUGGAAGACUGGUUCAACCGCAAACUUACAAUCUGCCAACAUUUCAAACAAUCCCCAAGCACUCUUCCACAAUUUCGCAUCGACAAACUAGUUCUCACAUAUCAGGAUAUUGCUCCCCGAAACCUGAUAUUAGGCCCUGAUGACAAGGUCUGGCUGGUUGAUUGGGGCUAUGCUGGGAGAUAUUCCGAAGGAUCCGAUGCUGCCUCAUUGAGUGUGAGGAGGUAUAGUGCACCACUUUUUACUGAUAUGUUGCUUGAGAUGAAUCCCAAGCAUGUGGGGCUGACGGAGCAGUUGAAGUGGAUAGUGUAUGCUUUGACGACGGGACAGUUUAUUUAUGUUUUGGCAAAUGUUUGGCAAAUCGGCAAAUCGGCUGUUGUAUACCCUCCAUCAGCUUUCAAGAGAAAGAUUUUUACCCAGGCAUUAUCUUCGCUUACUACUCGAGCUCAUUGACGAAAGGUCAGUGGUGGACGGAUUCCGUCUCCAAUCUAGGUGAUGGUCUAGUACUACUAUUUCACAAGAUAGCCUCGUAGCAGUAUUGCGCCGUCCCUGCCACUUCCAAUCGAAUGCUUACUUUGCUUGGUGAGAGGUGGUUCACUGGCUACCAUGCUGGAAAUGCGAGGUGCCCAGGAACAGUCGGCCAACCAUUGCCCGACUGUUCCUUGGUGAUACACGCCGGACCGUAACCAAUGCUGCACACGAAGCAGAGACAUAUCGAGUUCUUCAUUAGUACUGUAGUCUGUGGCCAGUAGAAAAUGAUUGCUGUGACUGUGAGGUGCUAUGACUAACAAAAUAUGGGUAGCACUAGGGGUCUCGACAUAGGUGCAAUGUAGAAAGGAUGGAGGGGAUAUAAUAUUUUAAUGUACUAUACAUGUAUGUACUGUACAUUACAAAAUGCACGGCAUGAUGAAUUAAAGAUAUAGAUAGUUAUAGCAUGUUUUUCCGUCUAUAGAUUAUUCGAAGUGACGUGAAGAGAGUUUUGGUGAACCGUGGGAACUGGCAGGAGAGGGACAGGGGAAGGAAGUUAAGAUAGUAUAUGAAGGGGAGCCCGUUGUUUAUUUAUUUGCCUUGAUUUCUGGAUAGUGAACACACAAUGGCCUCUCUCUCUCUACAUCCGGGAAGAACAGAGCAAUUUACCCGAAGAAGAGAUGAUGAUGAUGAUGAUGAUGA